AUGCGCAAGUUCCCCAUCGGGCCGCGCACGGGCGAGCUGGCCGUGUGGAGUAACGUGUUUCUGGUGGUGCGUGCACCGGAGGAGGGGCAGUAUGGGUUCAUGCUGUCUGUGUGGAGGAACGUGAUUCUGGUGGUGCGUGCACCGCAGGAGGGGCAGUACGGGUUCAUGCUGUGCGAUAAGGAGCACAAGCAGAACCAGGACAACAUCACAUUCGACCCUUGCUUCCUCUUCCCUCAAUGCCAAUCCCACACAUACCCUCCCCUUCGACUCACAGCUCUCUUGUGCUGCCCGCCCCUCUCGUGCCGCCCCACCCCUCUUCUGCCCGCCCCUCUUCUGCCUGCCUGCCCCUCUUCUGCCGCCCCUUCCCUCUCUCACUUCAGUCUCCUGCAGAAGCUCCCAUCGCUCGUCCCUCCAAACAGCACUCUCUACAUCGCAACCAACGAGCCAGACCCCCACUUCUUUGAUCCCCUCAAAACCGCAUACAUCGUUCACAAUUUAGCGGAUUUCGCAUCUCUCUGGGGCGAAGGGUCCGCGUGGGAAGCGGAGAUGAGGGAGGUUGCGGCUUCGGUGGGUGUGGCGGUGGGGAAGAGCGUGGAAUUCGACAGCGAGAUGCAGGUUCUGGUGGACUAUGCUUUAAAAAAGGUUGCGAGAAGGACAGUGGAGAGGUUUAACGACCUCACGGGUGAUCCCAAGGACGGUGAGAUGCGGUGGAGAGCAGUGAGGAGGUAG